CUUACCGACUUGCGUGCGUGCACAGAGGACUGUUGUUGUUGUUGCGAGCCCCCCCCCCCCCGUUGCCCUGGUGGGGAGGAGCCUUGCAUACAACCCCCCUCCCCCAACUUUCUGCUUGCUCCUGGGCGCUGUUUGCACAUGGCCUUGGCACCUCACAGCUGCAGCCUGGCAGGCGAGAGUGAGAGCAGGAGCUUCCUGCUGCAGAGGGCUUGCAGCAUCUCCGCUCGCUUAACCAGCUCCAGGGCAGGGAUGAUGGCUCGCAGCCAGGCGUGACCGUGGAGUCUCGAUCUGCCAUUGCAGCUUGUCUCCAGCAGUACUCAGGCUUUUCCCAGCUCUGCCUCCCUGUGAUCUUCCAACCCCAGCUCUGCUCCCUGGGGAAUUCUGCAGGCAGCAUCGGGAUGCUCAGGCUGCAGAGCUGGACACACUGAUGAGUCACCGGGAGUGACUGGUCUGGUACCCUCAGGCAGGAAACAAGAGGAGAAGCUACAAAACCACCACUCACUGCAGCCAGCUGGGGCAUUUGAGAAAGCAGCAUGGGCCGUGCAGUGGGAGAGUGCUGAAGGGCGAGACCUUGUCGCACCCAUGGGCACUGGGGUAGAACCACAAGAAGCUUGCAUCUCUUCUCUGCACCCCCAGUGUCAAGCCCCCAGGCUGGUUGGGAAGGGACUAGCCUCUCCUCGUGCUGGGCCAGGAGCUGAGUCGCCCUCCAAAAUGUGUCUGUCCUUCUGCCACAGAGAUGAAGCAGGGAUGACCUCUGCCGAUGGAGGCUGGGCGCGUCGCCCCUGGAAGCCGGACCCUGGGCCGCCCGCUUAUGCUCUGCCACUCCUGCUCACCGUGUUUGUCUGGCUGGCCACUGGCACCACCAUGUCCAGCCUCAACAAGUGGAUCUUCACCAUCCACAACUUCCGGUAUCCCGUGCUGCUGUCGUCCCUGCACAUGCUCACGGCUGUGCUGGUGGGCUACCCACUGGCCAGGCUGCGGGCAUGUGGGGAUGGGGGCAUGGCCCUGGGCGCCAGAACUAAGGCCAGAGUCUAUCUGCUGAGCUUGACCUUCUGCGCCAGCGUAGCCUUCGGAAACCUGGGCCUCAACUACGUGCAGCUGGACUUUGCCCAGAUGGUGUACACCACCACACCCCUCUUCACCCUGAUCCUGUCCAAGGUGCUGCUGGGUCAGCACCACCAUCUGCUGCAGUACGCUGCCAUGGGGCCCAUCUGCUUGGGCGCCUCCUUCAGCAUCAUCGGGGAGGUGCACUUCGACCAGGCCGGCUGCUGCUUCCUCUUCGCUGCCACCUUCCUCCGUGGAUUAAAGUCCUUACAGCAAAGUACCCUGCUGCAGGACAAGAAGCUGGAUUCGGUCACCUUGCUCUGCCUGACGUCCCUGCCCAGCUUCUGCAUUCUCUUCACAGCGGCUGUGGUGCUGGAGGUGGGCGCAGCCUGGGAGGGCAUGCUGCACUACGGCAGCACUCUCUGGGCCUGUGUCCUGCUCAGCUGCCUGGGCUCCGUCCUCUACAACCUGGCCAGCUUCUGCGUCAUCUCGCUGACCUCCGCCCUCACCAUCCACGUCCUGGGCAACUUCAAUGUGGUGGGAAACCUGGUGCUGUCGCACCUCCUCUUCGGCAGCCACCUGAGCGGGCUCAGCUACGCGGGCAUCGGCCUCACCCUCUCGGGGAUGUUCCUGUACCACAACUGCGACCUCAUUGCCAGCUACUGGGGCUCCAGGCUGGCUCUGGGCCAGGACCAGGCAAAGCCAGAAUGAGUCCUGUGCUGGGGCACAGUGCAACCCUUGGACUGUAUAGACUGCAGUGCACGCAUGCACAUUUGUGUGCGUGCACACUCUUGUCCUCAGCUGGAUGAUGUGUAUCAGAUCCAUUGUGUGUGUGCAUAUGUGUGUAUGGAUUCUGGUUUUCUACUGAUGGAAAUGUCAGACCCCCUCCCCUGGGAGUGUGUAUUCAUGCUCUCACUACUGAUCUUUGUUGGAUGGAGUAGAUCAGACCUUUGUGUGUGUGUGUUUGUGUAUUACUAUUGUCCUCUGUUGGAUGGUGUAUGUCGGGGUGGGGGGGGGUGAAUGGAUGAGAGAAGGUGUUAGACUUGCUCAAUUGUGUGUGUACCUCGUAUUGGAUGGAAUAGCUCAGUCCCCUUCCAGUGUCUGUCAGUUCCCCUUGUGGCCAGAGUAGCUCCCUGGAGCAGCCUUGGUUUGGAGUUACCCCAUGUUCAGGUUCCUAGCCCCCCCCCACCCUCUGUCUGUGGGGAGCCCUCGGAUAAGCACUGCCACAGACUGUCCCAAGGGGAGUCGCAGAGGCCUAGCAUCCUGGAUUGUGGGUGAGUGUCCGUUCUUUUGGUACGAGCCAGCAGGCAGGGUUGGUGCCAGCAUCAUGCUCCUCAAAAACCGGUCUGGGUGAAACGAGGUGUCCAUGAUCUGGUGGAUGGGCUUCUGUAGCAUUCAGAAGAAACCGUAAGUAACUUUUUACGUGACUGAUUCACCUGGUCUGGCCCUCCAGGUUUCCUGGCUCUGGGAUGAGGCUGGGACAGGCCAGAAACCCUGAAAUGCUGUAACGAAGGCUGCAUUCCUGGGCCAGUGGGAAUCACCUCAGAGAGCCCACCCCAUGAAGGUCCAAGCCUGAGAGUUUGGAGAUGCCAUCAGAUGGGCUCUGUAACUUUUGGAUAGGCACAGAGCUGCUAGCUGAGAUGCAAAUUGGGUCCAGUGUCCACACACAUGCACACUCUCAGGUGUGCACAUGUGAUCCCAGUUACACGCACACACAUGUGAACACACACACUGCUUUUUAGGGACUCUCUCCACAGCCUUUAACACAGCCCAGCUGGGCCCUGGUCACCCUGCACUGCUGCAGCAGUCACGUCUGGCACCAUUGUGGUGAAGAGGCCUGUUGUGGUGUUGCACUUUGGGGCGCCAAUGCCAACAGCUGAGCACUGCCUGGGGCCAGGCGCAUGAAACUCAACCAUGGCUCCCCUUGCCCUCAAUAAAGCUCUAUUUUUGUCCA